AUGGCAGGUAACGAGGGCUACGCCAGCGCUGUGGAACGGGCGAAGCAGGUCGCGUCUAAGUUUUCUAUGUCUGAUGACGGUUCCACGACCAAUGGAGGCAUAGCUGGCAUGAAACGCCCAGCUCAGGACGAUAAUUCAUUUGCUACAACUGAAAAACGACCUUUAGUUAUGGAUAAAGUUGCUGCUGCUGCUGAGGCUGCCGCCCGUAUAAAUCAAAAACUGGGCGGAGCGCCUCCGAAUCAGACUCCUCCUAGCAAUCCCAACGCAAAUGCUAAUGCCAAUCCGUCUCAAGCAACGAGUCGGAUAAUAUCUACCGAAACUUCGAUCCCUGAUAGAUAUGUUGGCCUCGACAAAAACGGCCCACCUGCACCUUCGGCAUACUAUAACUACGGGAACGUUACCACUAUUGAAAUGAUGGUACCCGGCAUGAAGGCUGGACUGAUUAUCGGCAAGAGUGGCGAGACUAUUAAAAACUUGCAAGAAGAACAUGGUGUCAAAAUGGUCUUGAUUCAGCAAACCAACAGUCCAACGCUAGAGGAUAAGCCCCUCCGCAUUACCGGGGAAGCCCAGCGCGUGGAAAAGGCGAGACAGGCUAUCAUGCACCUGAUGAAUUCCCGCGAUCGUGGGGGACCAAUGUCGCACAUGUACAGUGGCCAAGAAACUUCACAGUAUGCUGUACCUGCGGAGAAAGCCGGCUUGGUGAUCGGAAAGGGUGGUGAAUCAAUCAAGGAAAUCUGCCGGGUUAGUGGUGCGCACGUGGAAAUCUCUAAGGAACCACCGCCAGACCCUACCAUCAAGAUAUUCAAUGUUCGAGGAGAAAGGCACGAAAUUGAACAAGCUAUACGGAUGAUCUCAGAGCGUGCUGGUAUUCCUAUGACGCGGCCAACAACGGCCAGUUCUGCUGCACCCGGUCCUUGGGGUCAAUACGGCUACGCUCAACCAGAUCCUUGGAACAUGGGUGCCGCGAACGGAGCUCAAGGAGGAGUGGCCGCUGGAAUGCCGCCCCCUACGUUCAAUCCGUAUACAGGCCAACCCGAUUACAGCGCAGCGUGGGCUGAAUACUAUCGCCGUCAGGGUAUGCCUGAGUAUGCAGAUGCCAUAUUGAGACAAGCACAACAACCGGCGGCGACGACAGUGCAACCCGCCGCUCAAGUUCCGUCUGCCCAUAUCCCCCCUGCACAACCCGCUGCGCAACAGGCUGCUGCACCCACUCCAGUACCAGUACAAGGACAGCCAGCGGCUCCCGGUCAAUACGAUUACAAUCCGUGGCACCAGUGGCAGCAAUGGCAAGCUUGGACUCAGGCAUGGCAACAGCAGUCCGGAGCACCCAGUCAACCCGCUUCUGGAGGGGCUCCCCAGCCACCUGCAAUGCCCGCUGGCGCUCCUGGCCAUCCUCCUAUGCCACAACAAUAA